AUGGAGAGAGGUAAUGGCGGGAGCGGGAGGCCGCCUUCUCCGCCGCCGGCGGCGGCCGAGAGGAUGGCGGCGUGGAGGGACGGCGCCGUCACCUACUUCCACCUCCUCUUCUACAUCGCCAUCUCCGGCGGCCAGAUCUUCUUCAACAAGGCAAGCCACGCCGCGCCUCACCUACCCCCUGGCCUCCUUCCUCCCCCGCUGCGGAGUUCCCCAGCAGGCCUGAAUCCUGAUGAAGGCUCCAAUGCGCUCCAGUUAGGGGGGAUUUCUGGUGGCUCACUGGGUGCCAAUUAUCCUACCCUGUUAGACAGGCUUCAUCUGGACAACUUGGGUCUUAUCCUCAAAAGAGAUCAACUUCCCCUAUCCUGUGGCACUAACUCUGUUGCACAUGGUCUUCUCGUCUGUAGUAUGCUUCGUAAUUACAAAGGUUUUCAAGCUAUUGGUGUAAUACCAAGGUUCCAUUUGUUGCCUUGGGUAUUCUGUACAUCUGGGCACGCACUUACUCUUUCCUUCUAUAUUGACGAUAUUUCCCAGAUCAUAAAGAUUGAGGAGGGAAUGACUACAGAUAUAUAUAUCAGUUCAGUCAUUCCAAUUGGAGCAAUGUUUGCAAUGACACUUUGGCUAGGGAACAGUGCAUACCUCUACAUAUCUGUUGCAUUUGCACAGAUGUUGAAGGCAAUAAUGCCUGUAGCUGUGUUUCUUCUCGGAGCAGCAUUUGGCCUGGAAGAAAUGAGCUAUAAAAUGCUUUCUAUCAUGUCUGUUAUCAGUGUCGGAGUUAUUGUGGCUUCUGUUGGUGAAAUUACAAUCAGUUGGGUUGGAGUGGUUUACCAGAUGGGUGGAGUUGUUGCGGAAGCCCUAAGACUUAUCUUCAUUGAGAUGUUUCUGAAGAAAAAGGGCGUCAAGCUGAACUUGAUAUCCAUGAUGUACUAUGUUAGCCCUUGCAGUGCUGUAUGCCUCUUUAUUCCCUGGUUGUUCUUAGAGAAGCCAAAGAUGGAUGAUAGUAUUUCAUGGAACUUCCCGCCAUUCACAUUGUUCUUAAACUGCCUGUGCACUUUCGUACUCAAUAUGUCGGUUUUCCUUGUCAUAUCUCGGACUAGUGCGCUGACAGCUCGUGUUACUGGAGUUGUGAGGGAUUGGUCAGUAGUUUUGCUGUCAGCUGCCAUCUUCACUGAUACACAGCUUACCUUCAUAAAUAUAAUUGGUUAUGCCAUAGCCAUAGCUGGUGUUGUUGCAUAUAACAACCACAAGCUCAGUGUAAAACCCCAAGCGAACCCACAGCAAGGUGACGAGAACAAGUUCCUUCUCGGGGAAAUUGAUCCGGAGAGAAUGGAAGAGCCGGAUUGUCCAGAAGGUUCCGCUUCCGACCGCGGAGGAGAGCGGCAGGCGGCUUCCCUGCCGCUGCCGGCCUCCUUCCUCGAGUUCCUCAGCGAGAAUGGCCUGGACCCUGCGGUGUACUCAAUGGCAGCUACCAUCCCGCGCUACAUAAGACUAAAACCAGGCAUGGAGUCCCAGAUCGCGGAGAUCGAAGCCGAGUUGAAGUGUGGCCUCGAGAAGGUUUCAUGGCUGCCAGGGUUCUAUGCGAUUCCGCCGGAAAUUCAGAUUGCUGGCUCCACGGCUUAUCAGCAAGGGAAGAUCUAUGGAAUUGAUGCUGCUUCUGGAGCUGCUAUAUUAGCACUUGAUGUUCGACCAGGAGACCAUGUUCUUGACCUCUGUGCUGCCCCAGGUGCAAAGCUUUGCAUGCUCGCAGAUACGCUUGGAACCACUGGUUCUCUGACUGGUGUUGAUGUUGCAAAGCACCGUCUUGCAGCCUGUCGUACAAUGUUGCAGAAGUAUUGUCUUGGUGACCGUACUCGGCUCUUUGUUGCUGACGGAACUUUGUUUUCCAUUUUACCUGUGAACUCCAGGAUGCGAAGAUUGGAAGUUUCAAUUGGCGUUGAAGAAAAUGGAAGCACAUUCCCAGAAUGGACUUCAAGAAGAUCAUGGAAAGAUCGGCAGAAGACUAAGAAAGCAAAUGCAAAUGGUCCACAGCACCUACUGGCCACUUCGGAACCUGAACUGAUAUACUAUGGUAAACAUUCAGGAUUAGUUGGACUGUGUAAAUCUGAUGUCUUUUGUCCAUCAGUUGAUGAUGAAGCUUGUGCAUCUGGCUAUGAUAAGGUCCUAGUGGAUGCGGAGUGUACUCAUGAUGGAUCCAUAAAACACAUUCAGAAAUUUGAAUUCUGGGGAUGGAAAACUCUAGAUAGCCGUGUACUUGAUGCUGAAAGAACCGAGAACCUUCUUCAGCUUCAGUUACAUCUUCUCACAAAUGGUUUUAAAUUGUUGAAAACCGGUGGAUCACUUGUAUAUAGUACUUACAGCUUGACAGUUGCACAAAAUGAGAGCGUGGUUCAGCAAUUCCUUUCAACACACCCUUCUGCAGAUUUGCAGAAGAUCGAUUUGGCUGAUAAUUGGCCCUGCAGAAGUGGCGGCAUCCCCAAAACACUGCGAUUUGAUCCCACAGUUUCACAAACCAGUGGUCUUUUUGUUGGCAAGUUUAGUAAACUACCAACUUAA